AUGAAUGCAACGAUAUCAUUGCCACAGAAUAAUACAACUUUGGAAAGUAUUACUCUCUUCCAUCAUCCUGUUCUAUACGCUUUAGCUCUCUAUGCUCUAUUUUUAAUUAUCGUUGGCACUGUUGGUAAUCUUUUAACUAUUAUUAUACUCUUUCGGCCGAAUUUGAGAAAACAUGCCACGAUGCGUUAUCUAAUCGCAGUUGCUGUAGCUGAUCUUUGUUCAUUAUAUUCGUGGAACUUUAAUUUGUUCUAUAAACAUCUAAUCAAUCCGUAUCAAAACGAUUUGGAAGAUGCAUCAAUUGCAUCUUGUCGCUUCGUGUCAUUCUUUGCGUUUGUUAGUUUACAACUUUCGUCCUGGUAUUUAACUUUGGUUAGUUUCGAUCGCUGUCUCAAUAUCCAUUUCUUAUUCUGGCAUCGAAAAUUCGGUCAACCAAAAUAUGUUAUCUUCAUUCUUCUCCUUGUAACUGUCGUCAUCGUACUGAUCAAUAGCCAUCUGCUUUUCCUCAAUGGUUAUCAACAAUCGAAUUGUAUACCGUUUGAAAAACGUACUUGUGUUGUUUGUUAUGCGCGUGUUAAUGAUCCUUAUUACAUCUUUCCAAAAUGGGAAAAGAUACACGUAUUAAUCUAUAAUCUUAUACCUUUUUCGAUCAUGUUCCUAUCGAAUUGUUUUAUUAUUCGUCGUUCGAUUUUGUCAACCAUUGUGCGAACUUCGUCAUUGGACACUAAACAACGACUACGUCGAAGUUAUCGCCAACGAAAACAACGACAAUUGACAUACCUGCUUCUCAUUGUGACUAUUUUGUUUGUAUUAUUAACAACUCCAGUCAUGAUUUACAAUGUCUUUCUGAGAAAUCAUCUCGUUGCUCGAAAACCAUUGAAAUACAUUGUGCACGGCGUACUUUUAUCCAUGCAAUUCACCAGUCAUGCUAUCAAUUUCUUUGUCUAUUGUUAUGGUGCGUCGAAAUUUCGUCUCGAAUUGAACGAAUUCUUCACCAAUUCGAUACGCAAAAGACCUCAAUGA